AUGGAUCACUUGCCAGGGACGGGCGCUGCUCUCAUCGCCCCUUGGGAUCCGUCUUUUGACAACGAAACCGGCAUCCAGCGUGGUCCUCCCCUGCUGUUCCACCGAACCCAGUUCAGCUGUGGCUCUGUCGCCAUCGGAUAUCGCAUCUCCCACGCCGUCUGCGGCGCAGACGGCUGCCUCCAUCUUUAUCAAGACCUGUGCGAGAUCUACCAUAAACUUUCCCGUGGUGAUAUUGGGGUUCUUGAUGUCCCACCGCACAUCAUUCCCAUGGGCCCCGAUCGGAUCAUCAAUUGUGAUGAUCAGAAACGAGCCACUCUAGACCCGCCAGUCCUCUAUCUCCCCCUCCUCCCAAACCAGGCGAAGGACCAGCGAAGAGCACAGUCGCUUCAGACACUUCCCAAGAGCAGGAACCUCCCAUCCCUAUUACUGGCAGUUACAUGCAUUACACCCCUGUCGACCUUACCCAACCCAAAGCCGACGCUACAUGCCCUGACGACAGCCUUUCCUGGGUGUCUACCUUUGAAGCCCUUCUGGCCAGCAUCUGGCAGGCCACAUACCGAGCCAACGCCCGCUUCGCCGCCUCCAAAGCCCGCGGUGUACCCUGUGGUGAUCCGCUGCCUAGAUCCCAACGCCCGACACCCAGUCUUCGGACCAGCAUCAAUGUUGCCCUUCCCUCCCGCCUCGACCUCGCUGGACACAAUAAGGGGAUGGGAAAAAGUCAUUACUUCCCCAACGCCGUCGUCCCUGUCUUCUUCACCGUGCCGGAUGAGAGUGACGACCCAGAUGGGCUUGACAUGUGGGACGCACCGCUUUGGAAGUUGGCAAGAUUCAUACACCGGAGAAUGCGUGAGCGUGAUGUCGCGCACGCACUCGAGGUCAUCAACGGGAUGUGCGAGUUGCCGGAUAAACGCCUUGCCAACGUCGACUUCACCCUGUUUGCGGGGUCCUUUGUGA